AUGGGCGCGCCAGGCCUGACAAAUACCAACGCGCAAGUACGGACAAACGGCAGUAAUCCGGCUUCCAGCUUUGCAGCAGCAAUGAGUGGUCCUCAGCCGCCGCUGAAUCUCGAAGAGUUCCCUUCUUUAUCGGGCGCACCGCAAGUCUCAAACGCCGGUACCGCGCAACAGAUGUGGUCGGGUGUGUCUUUACGAGCCUCGCAACAAAACCAGCAGAACACGAUCGGACGACCACAAGGCCAAGGACAACAGGGCCAGACUGGACAGGCGGCGAACCAGCAGAAUCAGGGGCAGGAUGAUUCGUCACAGAGUCAGUUUUCUGGAGCUGGGGAUGAUUACCGAUUUGGCGGGCAGGGGGGAGUUGGACAGUUGGGAGGUCUUCAGCCGCAGACGGGCAACAUCGAGGAGUUUCCACCAUUAGGCGGUGCUGGUGGGGAUGUCGCGCCGGAUCGGAGAGCGGGGCUGAUACAGAAUGCCGCGGCGUUUGGGACCAAUGGAAAUGGUGCCUUUCCUGGACUUGGACAAGCACGGAAUGGCCUCUCAAGCCCGACAGACAGCCAACAGGACCGGAAUAUCAACCCCACUGUAGGUGGCCGGGGACUCCCGGGUGCAGGUAAGCAGAUUGAGUAUAGCAUACGACGUCAGCCGCUUACAAAAGCAGUAUCACGGUCCCCUUUUGAGAACAUGAGGACUGUCAACGCACAGGAAGGCAAUCAACGAACAGGACAGCAAGGGAACAUGUUCUCGCUAGGCCCUCAGCUAGGCAUGCGAGGCGGCGGUGAUAAUAUUGCCCCAGGAGCCCAACGGUCUCAGCAAAAUCAGUUCGAGCAGACAUUCGGAGCAGACCCUCUCGGCUCACCAAGUGCCCAGAACUCCCACAAGAAACUAUCCGAAAUGACUGACUCGGAACGGUACGGCCUGCCAGGAUUAUUGGCAAUGAUUCCUAUGGAGAGUCCCGACUAUUCCUCGCUUGCCAUGGGCCAGGAUCUGACGGUCCUAGGCUUGGACCUGAGUCGACCAGAUAACUCACCUCUACACCCGACCUUUGGUUCACCGUUUGUGGAAUCCAACGUGAAGCCUGUAAUACCGCCGGAUUUUACUUUACCAACAGCGUAUACUGUCACCAACGUACCACCACUUCACUCCAAGAUGACGAGCUUCUCGCCCGAGACACUUCUUUCCAUCUUCUACCAGUAUCCUAGAGACAUACUGCAAGAGAUUGCCGCACAAGAGCUGUACAACCGCGAUUGGCGGUGGCAUAUCAAACUCCAACAGUGGAUGAUGAAGGAUCCAGAUCUCCCAGCGCCGGUCCGACUUUCGCCAAAGGACGAGCGUGGUUGGUAUCUGUUUUUCGACGUCAUGAACUGGAGGAAGGAAAGGAGAGAAUUCGAGCUCAACUACGAUCAUUUGGAUCAGCGUCACGGUAGCCCGGCAAUGACGGGACAGAUGUAG